AUGAUAUCGCUGCUGGGUUGGACGGUGUUCACUUGGCUUUGCUGUGGUGCCACCGGUGCCAGGUGAGCACAGGUGACAGGGUCUUGUCUUCCCCCCUCAGACAGGAGCUUUCUGAUGAUGAUUGAUAAUUGAUGCUUGUGCUUUCAGUGCUGUGGGAGAGGUUUUUUUGGGAAAUCAGGUCACAGCUGGGUGUUGGGUGAGGUGCAGGACUGGUGGGGUGAACACCAAACCAGAGAUGUGUGUCCCCAGGGGACCACAUCCAUCCCGUGACGGGGCCACCCUCUGCGUCCUCACCCAGGACACCUCAGCCCUCACACCACCACUCACUCAGGGCUGCGAGACUCUCCCCAAAAACCUCCAAAACGGGUGGAAACCCUCCAAGAAAGGGCUGUACCUGUCCCCAAAGCCGCCGUGGGGACCACAGCCCUGCCGCACUCUUCCGGAGCAGGGAGGAACUCGGUGGCAGCAGCACUCGGCUGCUCCAUUUCUGAAGAAGGAGAAGCUGUUUUUUUAGGGUGUUUUCAUUAAAAAGCAGAAGGGGGUGGGGGGGAGCCCAAGCCCUGAGCAGGGCUGGAAACUUCAGCGACAGGAAGGAAGUGAAGUGGGUUAUUUCAGGCUGCUCGGGGCAAGGCUCGACUCUUCUGUGUGCUGAUAGCAGCCCCUCCUGAACAAUGGGGUCGUGGGGCCCUUCCCGGCAGGAAAAAGGCUCAUUCCGGUGAAAAAUCCCGCUGGUGCUGAGUCAGCAGGUCCUGCUGGGCCGCGUGUGGUGUGGAGGGUGCCAGGGGAACCAUCCCGGUGCAGCAGGAGCCAGCAGGAGAGAUGGACACCUUCAGCACCAAGAACUUGGCCCUGCAGGCCCAGAAGAAGCUCCUGAGCAAAAUGGCCACCAAGACCAUCGCCAACGCCUUCAUCGACGACACCAGCAGCGAGAUCCUGGAUGAGCUGUACCGGGCCACCAAGGAGUACACCCACAACCGCAAAGAGGCCCAGAAGAUCAUCAAGAACCUCAUCAAGAUCGUGAUGAAGCUGGGGGUUCUCUACCGCAACGGGCAGUUCAGCCCCGAGGAGCUGCUGCUGAUGGAGCGGUUCCGUAAGAAGGUUCACACCCUGGCCAUGACGGCCGUCAGCUUCCACCAGAUUGACUUCACCUUCGACCGCAGGGUGAUGUCCAGCGUGCUGACCGAGUGCCGGGACCUGCUGCACCAGGCGGUCAACGGGCACCUGACGGCCAAGUCGCACUCGCGCAUCAACCACGUCUUCAACCACUUUGCGGACUACGAGUUCCUGUCGGCCCUGUACGGCCCGGCCGAGCCCUACCGCACCCACCUCCAGAGGAUCUGCGAGGGGGUCAACAAGAUGCUGGAGGAGGACAACAUCUGAGGGUGGGCUCCCACCAGCCGGACUCUGCCUCCCGCGAGGCCGAAGAUGAGAUGUCCACUUUGAUCUUCAGCGGGCUCGCCGUCCCCUCCUCCUCCUCCUCCUCCUCUGCCGUGUUCUCCUCGUUUCUCCAACCUCUUGACUUUGUCUCCCCUCGCCCAGGGUCUGCAAACCCCUCCCUGCGCCGGGCUGACCCUCUCCAGGAGAUCCUGGGAUUUUGGGCCCCUGCUGUACAGUUUGAUUUCCUUUGCCCACCAAGUGCCUUCAGCCGAGUCCAAGGAUUUGGACUCUUUGCCUUGAACUCUGUUGUAUCCCUCUCUGUGGGGAAACUGAACCAAAGACUCGCGGUGUGAAGCACCUCUGAGGUGUCUCUGAGCAGGUGGGACGUUGUUGGGGUGAACAGAUUGGAGACCCCAAACUGGAGGAUUGUGGAACUCUGUGGUUUCCCUCCAGCAGCCCCACAACGCGGUGGGGAGCAAAUCAAGGUCCAGACUUGUGCUGUCUCAGGCAGGGAGGUGCUCCUGCCUGAGUUUGGCGUCCUCAAAGACAAGUCCCUGAGACCAGGAGGAUCCCUCCUCACCUGGGGGAGAGCUGGGAGGGAGCUGCUCCAUCCUGGGAUCCCUGGAACCACCCCACACCCAAUGCCCACCAGCCUCCUGUGGUGGUGGUGCCACCUGGCAGCUCCAGCGCUGUCCUUGGUGGUCAUCCAAAGCUCCCCUGGGAUUUCAUCCCUUUUCCACGCCCUUGACUGAGUGAUAUUCGUUUUUAGCAAACUCUGCAAACUCUGUAAAAAUGAGUUGUUUAAAUAAACUCACCUGUGUGGCCUGGGA